AUGAUAAGGAGGGGGCUGACUCUGAGCCGUGUUAUAAGACGGUUCAACCACCAAUUGGUGGAUGACCAUCAAUACUCUCUUAGAAGACUGAAGGUGAAGCAGGACGAGUCAAAAUACUACCCUUUGGCCGGAACCCUGCGCUUCAAAGAGAGGAAUCCCAAGAUUUUACGAAUUCCUGCUUUCCAGACCAUAUUUCAAGAACUUGAAACGAAAACUUUGGAGGGAACCAAUUACGUCCUACAGGGCAAAGUCGUCAGCAUACGAAGGGCUGGUAAAGGAAUGAUAUUUUUGGAUUUGGAGCAAGACAACCACAAAGUUCAGAUCGUGGCCUCCAACAAGAUGAUGAAAAUGGAUCUCCAGGCGUUUGUGGAGGUUCAUGGGGAUAUCAGACCUGGUGAUCAGGUUUCGUGUGUAGGAUUACCUGGAAGGACUAAUGUUGGUGAACUUUCGCUUAAGACAUUAGAACCUCUUCGACUAGCUUCACCUGCUCUGCAGGCGUUGCCCCCGAAACUGACAGAUCAGUCGAAGAUUCACGGGAAUAGAGUCAUGGAUUAUCUCGUGAAUAAGUCUUCGCGCGAUGUGAUCCUCACCAGAGCAGAGAUCAUAUAUGCUAUAAGAGAAAUUCUCAACGGGCACAAGUUUUUGGAGGUUCAAACACCGUUGAUUGGAUCCUCAAGUACAGGUGCAAAUGCCACCCCAUUCACUACCCAAAGUGUGCAUAUCAAAGACAAUGACGACAAAACGCUGGAUUUGCACAUGAGGGUUGCGCCGGAAAUCUGGCUGAAAAAGAUGAUCAUUUCCGGUUUCGAUAAAGUGUACGAAAUCGGUCAAGUUUUCAGGAACGAGGGAAUAGAUGCGACUCACAAUCCUGAGUUUACUACAUGUGAAUUCUACCAGACUUUUGCGACGUUAGAAGACCUUAUGGCAUUGAGUGAAGAGAUGCUGGACCAUAUUAUGGUGAGGAUCAUGUCUGAUCCAAGAUUGGCUCUCGUGGCUCACCAGCCCACUUUGGAGCUGAUAUCGGCUAUAGAUGAGAAUGGGGGACAUUUCAAAAAGCUCGAGUUCAUUCCUACUCUGGAGAGAGAAACAGGAGUCGCCCUUCCAUCAGAGCUGACCACAGAGACGCUUGUGGAGUAUUUUGAGAGGCUGAAUCUGCCGCUGCCCGAGAUCAAGUCAGCACAAAAACUUCUUAAUUAUCUCAGCGAGAAGUUCAUUGAGCCACUUUGUGGGUCAUGUCCGACCUUCAUUUACCACCAACCAGCCGUUUUAUCGCCUCUGGCAAAGUCCACCUCCAUCUCGUAUGGGGAUCAGUCGUUCGAGAUAUCACGGCGGUUCGAGAUGUUUAUCAACGGAAGAGAGUACAUCAAUGCAUACGAAGAAGAAAAUAGCCCAUUCCAACAAGACGAAAAGUUCAAGCUGCAAAUUCGUGCCAAGGAGGACCAUAAUGAUGAUGAGUCAAUCAUACCAGAUGAAAAGUUUGUGGAGGCCAUGGAAUGGGGGAUGCCUCCAACUGGGGGCUGGGGAAUGGGAAUUGACAGGCUCACUAUGUUGUUAACAGGAUCCUCGAGAAUUGACCAGGUUUUGACCUUUGGGAAGAUGAGCGAUGUUAUCAAGCAGUAA